AUGGGCGCCAAAGUCCCGCGUAACUUCCGUUUGCUGGAAGAGUUAGAGAAGGGCGAGAAAGGUCUCGGUGCCGAGGCCUGUUCAUAUGGUCUUGACAACGGCGAUGACCUCCUGAUGUCCGACUGGAACGGUACUAUACUUGGUCCACCACACAGCGUCCACGAGAACCGUAUCUACAGCGUAUCGAUUCACUGCGGCCCAGACUACCCCGACACGCCUCCCGAGAUCAAGUUCACGUCCAAGAUCAACCUGCCCUGCGUCAACCCUCAGAACGGAAAGGUCGAUGCGUCAAAGCUGCCAUGUCUGGCUCAGUGGAAGCGGGACUUCACCAUGGAGACGAUACUGAUAGAGCUUCGAAGGUACAUGGCGCUGCCGCAGAACAAGAAGCUUCCCCAGCCGCCCGAGGGAGCCACAUUCUAA